AUAAAAUUCUUCUUCUACUCUGUAUUUCUCUACUGACAUACUAUUAAAUACCUAAAAAAGUAACAUCAAAUUAAUUCAAAUUUAAUCCCAAAAGUCAUCAAAGAAGACUCAUAAUUUCACAUAUAUUCUCAUCUACACCUUUCUUUUAUUUUCCCGCCCUUUAAACCCAACUUUUUCUACAACAAUUUACAAUCUUUGCCUAAAAUUUGUUAAACCAUUUGAAUAAAGCUCAAAAAAAAUCAAACUUUGAUUGCUUUUUUACACCCAAAAAACAUAGUAUUUCUACAUUUUGGCACCAAAUUUACAUACUUUUUUCCAUGAUUUACACAAUUUUCUCCUUAUAGAAUAGACACCCACAAAAAAAUAGUGGCUAUUUUCAUUGCAUAUAUGGAUUGCUAUAAACCACCACCAACACAAUCUGAAUCAACAAGAAGCAAAAUUUCAAAAACAUUUUCAAAAUGUAUUCAACCUCAAACUCCUUCAAGAUUUCCUCCAAAUCCAAAACUUAAAACCCUUUCAGAGGAACUUAAUAUUAGUCUUAAAGACUUUAAAUCCGACCCAAAGUUAACCCGAACAAAAUCCCAGAAGCCGAAUUCUGGAGAUCAUCAUCAUAAUAAUGUUCAACAACAACAAGAACAAGCAGCUAGAAACAAAGGUGCAAAAGAAGCUCUAGUUGCUAAACUUUUUGCUAGUCUUUCAUCUAUUAAAGCUGCAUAUGCAGAGUUACAAAGUGCACAAUUUCCUUACAAUAAUGAUGCAAUACAAUCAGCUGAUGAGAGUUUAGUAAGUGAGUUAAUGGUACUUUCUGAGCUAAAAUACAAGUAUCUAAACAAAAGUUUAGAUCUUCCACCACCUCAUGUUACUCAGUUAUUAGCAGAGAUUCAAGAACAACAAAGCAACAUCAAAACAUAUGAGAUUACAAUGAAGCAAAUGGAGUGUAAAAUGGAACAAAAAGACAUCGAAAUUGCUUCGUUGAAGAACAAUCUUGAAGAAAUUACAAAGAACAACAAAUUACUUGAUAAAAGGCUGAAUUCAAGUGGGGUUUUAUUACCAAUUAGAACCAAUAUUUCUCUCAAAGAUUUAAACCAAACCCAUUUUCUUAGAGUUCUUCAUUAUUCUUUAAGGUCAUUGAGGCAUUUUGUCAAACACUUGGUGCGCGAAAUGGAAGCCAAAAAUUGGGAUGUAAAUUUAGUAGCAAAAGCUAUACAACCUAACACCAUGUUUGGUAAAUCAAAGCAUGAAAUCUUUGCACUUGAAUCAUAUGUAUCACAAGUGAUGUUUGAUGGGUUUAAUCAUCACAAUUUUUACCUCCCAGAUGAAGGAACCAAACAAACCCUUAACAGAAAUUUUUUCUUUGAAAACUUCCAAAAGAUUCAAUCUUUAACACCAUCUCAGAUUUUUACACAAAACCCAAAAUACCCUUUUGCGAGAUUUUGUAAAGGGAAGUAUUUAAAAUUAAUGCACCCAAAAAUGGAGUGUUCUUUUUUUGGGAAUUUAGAUCAGAGAAAAUUGAUUAUAACUUCAGGGGUAUUUCCGUCAACAGAAAUAUUCUCUCUCUUCGCAGAAAUGGCGAGAAGGGUAUGGCUUCUUCAUUGUUUGGCAUUUAGUUUUGAUCCACCGGCGGUGGCUUUUCAGGUGAGAGAAAAUUGCCGAUUUUCUGAAGUUUAUAUGGAAAGUGUUGCCGGAGAAGAUGACGUCAUCGCCGGAGAUGUAACGGCGUCGUUUACUGUGUUUCCUGGGUUUAAAAUUGGUAAAACGGUGGUUCAGAGUGUCGUUUAUCUCUCUCCUACUACAAAACGGUGACGUAUGCAAAGGACAGGUAAAUGUAUAAAGAAAAAGGGAAAAUUGAGUUGUGUUUUUUUAGUUGUCUCCCAAUUUUGCAAAUUGCAAAUAAAUUUGAAUUGUUAAUGGGGUAGUAACGGUCCAAUUUGAAUUAUUUUAAAUUGGUUGGCAAUUGGCAUAGGUCAUAUUUGGCAAAACUAGCGGUCGUGAUCGUGAUCGUGAUAGCGGAUAACUAUUGUAGUAACUGUUAGGUGUCUUGUCAAAUACUUAUUUUAUUUUUAAGUAGCUUUUUAAUCUUGUCAAACCUAUACCAGCUAUCAUAAACGAUAUUGUCAAACACGACCAUAGUAUAAUAAAUGUACAGUAUGUUUAGUAUAGAUAAUUUGUACUUUGGUUAAUUGGUUAUAUUAGGAAACGGUGGAAAUAUUACUGUAUCUUUUUUUAAUAUACUCUUGUAAUAAAAUUUAGUCUAUAUUAGUUUUAAA